AUGAUGCUGACAUCUGGACAAUCGCCAGAGCUGCUCAGUUCCUCACUUGUAGAGAUCUUACAGUUCCAACCAAUCAUCCCGGUUGGUGCAGACAUCGAGAAGAUGUUUCAUCAGGUUCAAGUUCCCGAAGAAGAUCAGUCAGCCUACCGUUUUGUUUACCGGACGCCAGGCAGCAGUACUGCUCCAUUGACGUACCACAUGACCGUUCACGUGUUUGGCUCAAUUUCAUCCUCAACUACCUGUAUCUACACCCUGAACCGAACUGCAGACGAUCAUCGUGACCAGUUUCCAGAAGCUGCAGACAGUGUUCGACGUACGUUCUACGUCGACAACGACCUUGACUCAUUCGAUUCCGAAGAUGAGCGAACGUUCCUAAGCAUCAUUUCCAGUGUUUACGAUCCAUUGGGUCUCGUAGCGCCUGUAACCUUCUUGAUGAAGUCUCUUCUUCAAGACAUCUGGACGUAUGAAACCAGGAUUGGCUGGGAUGAUCUUCUACCGGAAGAAUUACGUGAACGUUUUCUACACUGGUACGAACAUCUUGAAAAUUUCGAGACGCUUUCGGUGCCACUGUGUUACAGAUUCAAUGGGGGGAGCUGUAAGCAGCAGUGGUUGCAUGUAUUCACGGAUGCAAGUUCAAAAGACUUCGGAGCUGUGGCUUACUUCCGUUCGGUCUAUGAAGACCAUUCGAUAGACGUGUCUUUCGUCAUGUCGAAAACCCAUGUCACCCCAUUCAAAGGCCUUACAAUUCCUAGGCUAGAACUUCAAGCAGCAGCUGAAGGUCUGAACAUAGCCCUCACCGUUUGUCGAGAGCUAGGAAUGGACCUACAAGACGUUACCUUUCACACCGACUCGCAAACAGUGUUACGUUGGAUCUACUCACGAACGUGCAAAUUCGAAGUUUUCGUGAACAAUCGUGUUGGCAAAAUCCUAAGAAACACCAAUCGUCGGCAGUGGCGUCAUGUAGCUGGAGUCAAAAAUCCUGCUGACCUGUGCAGUCGUGGUAUUGACCCACAGAACGUAAACGAGUUGUUCCAGUUUCACCAAGGACCGCAAUUCUUGCAACUCGAUCCAUCUGAAUGGAACAAUUGGGUUGACAUUGCUGAGCCGGAAGAGAGUGACGUGAAUGUGAUUCGCAUUUUGGCAAUAAAAACAGAAGAUGAGAAUCAUCCCGUAGACCAAUGCGUAAAAAACUGUUCGAGUUUGCUUAGAUAUCAGAGAGUUCUAGCAUGGUGUUUGAGAUUCGUGAGAAAUACACAAUCCAGAAAACAUGGGGACAAACUGACAGUCGGAGAGUUAACGGUGUUAGAAAUGUCAACCUCGUUAGUGAUUUGCGUCAAACGUGCUCAAGCGUUAUCUUUCAAGGAAGAAAUCUAUGCCCUGAGAAAAAACCUGGAACUACCGCUGACGUCUAAACUUCGUCCUUUCAAGCCAUUUUUAGACGACGUCGGACAGUUACGAGUAGGCGGACGUAUCCACCACGCCCCGGUAGACUACUCAGCAAAACAUCCCAUUCUGCUACCACGAGAUCAGUUGUUGACUCAACGGAUAGUGUGGGAUCAUCCCGUGAAAAAUUUGCAUGUGAAAGCUGAGACGUUGUUAGCAAAAGCCAAUGCCGCCCCUUAUGGCAUCGCUUCCAGUACAUCGACUUUCGCCGGAACCGGAUAA